AUGCAUAAGCCCUCGCUCACCCAUCUGGUGUAUAACGCCCUCUUCAGCAAGCCUCGCGGAAAUGACCCUUCGUCCUUCUCCUCGCACAUCACCAGAAACCUCGUUCCCGAAGUGCGAGUAGAGACGUCGACCUUCUACGGGACGCUGGACUGCAUCGAAGCUCAAUAUCCCGGCUUAGACUACUCCUACGCCCCUCAUCGUAUGCGACUAGGCCGUUUCCAUCACCACAAAAAGCUAUUCAAGGUCUUUGACGAGCUCAAGCUGACCGAGGCUGAGAUCUCGUCUCUCUGUCGCUGGGAAGGGACCAAGUCUGCCAGGGAACGAUAUGAGAGAGACACCGGCAUCAAAGUGAGAGAUACUACCGCAGACGAGAUCAAGCCGGCUGCUCCGUCCAUGCCCCCGUCAGUCCAGGUCCACAGCGUGAUGCAGGAAGAGAGUAAUGAAGCUAGCUGCUCGUCAUGUCCGCUGAUUCCAGACGGUCCAGUACUACCGAGCAACGCCGGCUCCGAGACCAACGGACCUGCUACCGGAGAGAGUGGGACGGAGGACAGCAGCAGUGACGAGGACCUAGAGAGCUAUGGCGUUGCCUUGAACGAACACCUUCUCGAGGCCACGGCAGCUCGAGAACGGGGGAUCAACGUCGCCCUCGACGAGAUAUGGGAGCAGUGGCUCAAGGAAGCGAUCGAACGGGGCGGAUAUACCGACAUGCUCGAUGCCAUUCGAGAAGGGCGUGCCAUCGACUUUACACAUAGAGGCGUCUCGCUGCAUCAGCAUCCGCAGCAUCAUCACCACUCUCAUGCACCAGUGUCAGGCCCAUCCAGCUCGGUUCACCCCUCCAGCAGUACAAGACUACCAGCCAUGGCCAAUGACAUGUUAACAUCCAGGGCUCCGAUCUCAGCAGUCCCUCCAACCGUUUCAAGCCAACCGUCGAGGAGAGACCUUCACCACAGCUGA